ACAGUACAUCAAAAAGUAAAGGAUUGGAUUGUAUUUUGUGUUUUUACAAUGCCGCAUGUGAACUCUGGCGGCUCCGAAGACUUUUUCUCGAACGAUGAAGUGAAAGUUUACAAAGAUGAAGGCGAGGAAGAAAAGAGAUCGUCCGAAAAUUUAUCCGAGGAUAAACUGGGUUUGGUUACCGAAACAGAGGAGGGCAAAAACAAUAACCUUGGUGGCAGCUACGCUGGGAACGACAAGGAGGGUGUGCGGGAGGACGGUAAAGGUGGGAACCAGGGACAAGAUAGAAAUGCAGGUGGAUUUGGGUACUCCGUACCUUAUCAACCAUACCCCAACGGCACAAACAAUUUGGGGAGUAAAGUUUCCAUGGUACAGCCUCCCCUGCCGGGGUUUGUGAUGUACAACGGUGAACACUUAUCACAACCUCCUCCGGCUCAUAUGGGCAUACCUCCAAUGCACAUAGAUCCAAAAACAGGGUUACCACGACCACCAAUGUACGCUUACCCAUCCCCAUCACAGUUCCCACCAGGUUUAUAUGGUCCAGACCUGUCACAAGUGCAAUGGCAGAGGCAAGGGUACCCCAUCUCCUCAGGUGCCUUCACCGGGCCGUACCCACCUUCAUUAUUAAACUCAAGUGCAUUAUCUCGUUUUGGUCAUCCCGGCCUAUUUCCACCCCCAGGCAUUCCUCAUGCAGGCAUGCCUCACCCCACCUUAAUGUCACCGGCCACUAAACAGGAUGGGGGACAGCAGCCUCACGGCCAAGACAGAAUGCAUGACCAAGGGGGCAGUGGUCACAGUCAGCGGGAAGAACAAGAAAAGAAGAAACCUCAUAUAAAGAAACCUCUUAAUGCCUUUAUGUUAUUUAUGAAAGAACAACGGGCCAAAGUGGUAGCAGAAUGUACAUUAAAGGAAUCUGCAGCAAUAAACCAAAUUUUAGGUAGAAAGUGGCAUGCACUAGAUAAGUCAGAGCAAACUAAAUAUUAUGAAAUGGCACGGAAAGAAAAAGAGCUACAUUUACAGUUGUACCCAGGGUGGAGUGCCCGUGAUAAUUAUGCUUCACAGUCUAAGAAAAAGAGGAAAAAGAAAGAGGCUCAAACAUCAAAUCGAGAUUGUACAAUUGCAAAAAAGUGUCGAGCGCGUUAUGGGCUAGAGCAGCAAGGGCAGUGGUGUAAACCUUGUCGAAGAAAAAAGAAAUGUAUUAGAUACAUGCUCGAAGAUGGAGUCGAAUACAUAACUGAUGGGGAAGAUGGUCCCAUGAGUGACGAUGUGACCACAGGAGACUCGGUGCAUGACAGCGACUCCAUGGUAGGAAGUCCGUUACUUUCAGUAGCAAGUGAUGAUGCAUUUUCUACACCAUCAAAGUCUUUCUGCCAAAACUCGCCACCGUCCUGUUUGGACUUAGGGGACCAAGGCGAGGACCUGGACUUGACUUUAGAGCCAGGUGAUAAUGGUGUUUCCUGUCCCCGGUCUCGUGACCUAAAUGACAGUCGGCAGUAUGGCCUAGACGGAGACUUAAACGUCACACUAACUAUGUGUACAAGCCCAGUCAAACCAGUGCCUACAUUUCACAGUGCGAGCAGUAUGCCUAUCCUCUAGCAGUCAAUAGGUGGGAUCAAGUCUUCAGUCAUUCUCAUUGAUCAUAUAUCAGUUCGUGUUAUUGUACAUAGGAACAUGUAGAUGCAAGUGUACAGCAUAAUACCGAGAUCUCAUACUAUUGAUGUCACUAUACUUGGUCUAUAUUCCCUUCAUUAGUCCUCUGCCCCUCGGAGUUGUUACGUUCGUGCGGUAUGUGUGGAGCAGGGAUGGCUGUAGUUUGGUCAACACUGACUGAACCCUGCUGUGCAGGGGCAGACAAUUCAGGAGUGUAAAUGGCCAGUACUGUCGUGGAUUUCCCCAUCUUGUGUUGGAACCAAACUUCUUGUGACCAUUGUAUGGCACAACGAACGGAACGCCAAAGCAUGUCUGAUGGUUACAAAAUAGUUGUACCCUCCCAGGAUUGUGAGAUCAGAUGACAUCUCUUUUAGCUGUGUGGUUACUAAAGCAGUAGCCUUCAGGAAGUUGAGAACUACUGUUUUUUUAUAAUAAAAGGUGUAUGUGAAACAAUUCAAAGAUUUACGAAUAUAUACUUAUAAAUGAGUUAUUUUAUUGUUAAAAAGUCUACAAUAUGAGAAAGUUUUUUAAAGGUAUUUAUAGGUUUACAAAUUUUAGUGAUUUUAGAACUUGGAUUACGUAAUAUAUCAGUGAUGGGUUGGUUAUUGUAGACAAAAUAUAGGAUAUGUAUCUGUUUUCCGGUAUGUGAUCCGAAGGCUAUGUUUUUACACAGAGACUGCAGGCGAAUGUAACUCUCCCUCCCUUCUCUUACCUACAUGUGUUGUCGUGGUGUAAUAUUCAUUGACAAGUCAUUAUGUGUGGUAGGUGUUUUCACAGUAAUAUUGUCAUUCUGUCCUAGCCAUAUAUAGAAGUCUCAUCUUUAUCUCAUCUUUCCUUCCUUGGAAAUAUACCACUCUGUCUAGGAUGUGACGGAGUUGAUCUCUGGGAUACAUGUGGCAAGCACCAGGAGUGCGUGUACCUCUGAAGUAUGAUUGUGGUGUAUGUAGUUCAUUUGUGUUUGUGAGUUACUGAGUAUGGGACUGAAUAAUGUUUUAUAAAGGUGCAAAAAGGAAAAAAAAUCUUUUGUUAGACUAGUAUAACCAAAACAGACUAUAUGUGUGAGCGUCUGCCUGCUUUCUGAUAACACUUUCAUCAACUGUUCAUGAUUAACACCAUCUGAUCACGGUUCAUCUACAACAUAUAGUUUGAUUAUGACUAUUUGAUUGCAAGUUUUAAUUUUUGAAUGUAAAUAUAAAUCAUGUAAAAAUUCUAUUUUGAAAAUGAUUUGGGUUUUACAUACAUAAUCUAAUAUGUCCCUAGUCUCAGCAUAGUUGUAGAAGUGGAUGGAAUGGUGGCAAUGGCCUACAUCAGUGUAGAAGUAGGGAGCAUGUUCACAUGUAUCGCUGUCUGACACAACAUAAACUGCCAGAACAUUCAUUAUAAAAGCCACAUGUACGGGCAUCUAGCUUAAUAUCAUAUUGUCAUUAAUUGGUGCAAAUUCUUUCCCUUUUUUGAUUAUUAUAACAGUUAGAUGUUAUAUGUAUGCAUAUUUAUUUGUGUAUGUGUAUGUAAGGACAGGACCUAAGAUGUAAGAGUUAUCUUUCUUGUUGUUUCUGUCAGGUUUUGAACUAAUUUGUUUCAGUGCCUACAAAACAUUUCACAUUAAAAAAAAAAUACCAGCAUAUAGCUGAUGAAUUUUAACAAUUUGUUCCCCUCCUUUUCAUGACAACUUUGUAUGUUGAAACAUAAAAUGAAGUAAAUCCAUAUUUCCUACUAAACAAACAUUAAAUGAGACUAUUUAUUGUCAUUAUUGGAUGUAUAUUUCAGUCACGAUAAAUUUUUCAUUGAAAUUAAACUUCACAGACUCCUCUUAUAGCAUCACUUUAAAUAUUUAGAUUUUUUUUCUUCAAAAUUUAAUGGAGCAAAAUUGUUGAAGUAUUAAAGAAAAAAAGUUCAAAGACUGACCUUUUGAAAAAUCAUUAAAAACAAGACCUAUAUUUAUAUUUAGAGAGAUCCCUUACAGUGCAUCAUUAUCCUAGGGUGUGCCCUUGGUUUCUGGUUGUAGUUAUGUAUUAUGUGUAUUAUGUUGUGUCUGACUUGGGUGUAUGGAGAGGCGCUCAUGUCAUUUCAAUGUUGGAUGUGAGGAGGAGAACUGUACAUAAGACAGAGGAAGUUGUAUAAUGCUCAGAGAACUAUAGACUACCAUAUAUAAUGAUUAUUACACAAGGUCAGAGAUAAUGAUAUUUAUAAUUGUGAUAAAUGAAGAAAAUCAUACAAUGGGCCAGGAUUUUUUUUUCUCCUGCCUUUGUACAAUUGAGUGAAUGUGUGGUUGUAUGUGGGAGAGAAAUGGUAUAAUGUUUGAUUAAUAAGACACAAGCAUAGCUUUCAUUACUUAGUCCAUUAAAUGGUACUCACAAAGGAAAUCUCACCAAUUUAUUUCAUAAAAUGAAAUAUAGGUCCACAUAUUGUGGUUUAUUAACAAAAGUUCUAUACAUAACAUUGUGUCCAUGUAGAACCAAGGGGGGUAACUUUAUCAGUUUGACAAAAGAGUGACACAGUCCAGUUGUGUUUUUCAGCCUCCUAAGUUUUGGCACUACAGUAUACAUUUAUUUUUGUUAAGUGUGUUCCCUAAAUGCAAUUUAGUGCUAUUUACCACUAUCAUUGGUAAUCCUGACACAAGUUUUGAGUAAAUGGUUCAAAAUGUGUACCAUGUAUAUCUAUCAGAAUAUGUGUUGAUCAAAGGCAAUAUGUUUCUAAUGGAUGGUUAAAGAUAAUGAUUUGUUUAACAUUGGAAAAUACCAAAGACAGAAAAUUUUUUUAAAAUCCCAUACAAACUUACAUAUCUUAAUUCUCCCAAUUCAAAUUGCUCGCGAUUAAUGAUUAAAGGUCGCAUAUCUACAAAAAGCCUUUCAGAAACUACAAAACCUUAUUUGUCGAGAUAGAUAUUGUAAAUUGGUUGUAUAAAGGUACUAACCAAAUCUUUAGGUACUUAUGAUAAUAGAUUUGGAAGAAACUACUGUUAUACAACUGAUCUUAAAGAAAAGGAAAGAAUUUUACGAAGUGAUUUAAGGAAUAUAUUGAUUAUUUUAUAUAUCUUUUUUUUUUAAUUUUCAUAUGAUACCAUUUUUUCAGUUUUGCUUUUCCAAAGAUUUUUUACUUUGUCAGCUGAUAGUUGACCAAGUAAGCCAUGGUAACCGAGCAUUUAUUUAUAAUGCACUUUUUACCUUAGUUCUGUUUUAUUUGUAUGCAUGAUAGUAUAAAAGUUAUUUUACUGGUGACAUGUUGACACUGUUGUUGCCAUGGUUUUUGUUCCAGUGGGUGUGGCCCGCUGAUGGUGCUUUUUUUUUUUUUUUUUAGACCAGCAGCCACUUGGCCCAACUUACUCUGUACACAGCUAAAUUAUGUCACUCUUGUUGUCGAGGUAAUCAAGAUGUCUUUUACAAAUUGACCAGUGUAUUUAUGUGUUACAGCAUUCUUGUUUCUGUAAUAAACCUCAAGUUGAAACUAAA